AGCUGUGUACAGAGUAAUAGGAUCUAAUACAAAACUUGUACGUAUUAUUGCGUUAAUCUGGAAAUAUAGCAUUUAAAUUUAAAACUCAACACAAUGUGACGUUGUAUAACACCAAUUGUCUCACCAUAUUACGCCCCGAUGAUAGCAGAUAAUUAGUUAGAAAAAUUAUUUUGAAACAGUUAUUAAAAGCGAUAAACAUAAUCAAUGUAUAGUAUUCUGGUUAAAAGUUUAUGGAAGUACAAUGUGAUUAUAGAACAUCAUUUUUGGAGAUUUUCAGAAUGUCGUGUCAAUUGUGUGAAUAAUGAUAUAUAAUGACGUGUGUAUUUAGUGCGUGUAUAUGUAUACACCCACGUAUAUAUGUUAACUAACGAAGAAUAAUUGGAUAUAGAUUUAGGGAAAAAAAAAAGUAAAGUAAGUUAUUGGGAAAAUUUAUAAGAAAUCUACUGUAUUAAGAAUUUAUAGUGAAAAUAUCUGCCUUUACGAGAUUGCGUGCUUGCAAUUUUUAUAUGACCAACUAAAAUAGAAAAAAUACAGUAAAUACUCUCUAUACAUGGUAUAAUUCUAUAUGGAUAUCCAUAAAUGUAAAAGAAAACAUGCAAUAUAUUUUAAAAAUAUAAAAUUAAUGUUCUAUCGCUCAUAUCACAAUCAUAAAUUAAAUGUAUAAUAAAUUCUUUUUAGAUUUCCUUAUAAAAUACAUUUUGAUAUAUUAUUAUUAAACUAUGUAUUAGUAUCAUUAUUUAAACAAACUAUUAAAUCAUAUUCAAUUGUUAUAAGUAAUAAAACUUCUUUUUAUUCGGUAGAUAUAUUUAAAUUUGAUAACAGAAAAGAUAUUUUUGAAUAUAUCAUGAUACAAUAUAAUUAUUUGUAUUUAUGUUCAAUCAUUAUUAAAUUUAGUAUAUACAUAUAUGCAGAUAUGUAUUAAACAGUGAGUUCUGUUAAAAUUAGAUAAGUUAAUAUUAAAGACUAUUUAUUUAUGUGAUAUAGUUACACCAAAACUAAAUCACGUAACUCAUGUAAAUAUGUAACAACCAAAGCAUUUGGUUCAUUAAGGUCACGCUUUAAAAUGUUAGAAAAUGUUUACAAAUGAUUGAUUACCAUUUUUAUUUCAUAAAAAUACUUUUUUGUUUUGGUUACACGAAUAUAAAGUACAUAUAUAUAUCGUGUUAAAAAUGUUGAUAGAAACAAUAUUUUUUGAAUGUAUCAACAAUUUCAAGUAUAAAAACUUUAUAUAAAAUACGAAAAAAUAACCCCUUUAGAAAUUUUAUUAUGUGUAUUACUUGUAAUAAUGUUUUUAUUUAUUUUUUUAUAUUUUUAUAAGGUAACAAUAUUCGUUUUGUUCAAUAAGAUAUUAUAGGAUAAUUACUGUUUCAUUAUAAUUAGAUAUUAAUAAUUAUAUUCAAAUAAUUCAGAAAUAUGAUUGAAUAAUGAAAAAAAUCUAUAUAUUUUUCUAGUUCAAUUUUAAAGGAUCUAUUAAUACUUUUUUUUUUACAAUGAAAAAUAUAUAAGCUUUAUUUUUUUAUUUAUGCUACAAGAAGCAAUUUAGUAGUUAUAAAAAAAAUCUGAAUUUGUAAUCACACAAAAUCAUAAGCACUUCCAAUAAUAUAUACGUAUAGAGCGGAAAACGGAAAGAACAUACUUUUUUUGUAUAUUGGAUGUUCUUUGAUAUUUUCUCGUUAACAUUUUUUUUCUAAAUAUUUUUAGAAGUAGUUAAAUUUUGUUUACGAUAUCGAAGUUGUGGCUUUUAUUUAAUUAAUAUUUGAUUAUUUAUUUUAAAAUCUAUAAUUUUAAGUUUACAAUCUAUAUAAAUUAUACAUCUUUUAAAUUUGGCGCGAACGAAAUUGGCAUACUAUGUAGUGACUGUACUUACACUUCCAUUGCAUACUACAAAAUGUUUGCUUCUUAUUUAGUCUUCCUAUCAAAUUUUACUUUAAGGAGAACAAGUUCCAAAGUACUUUAUAUUUUCUAUGGAUUAUUUGUUUAAGCAACAAUGUCUGGAGAACAAUUUUCUUUAAUAUGGAAUAGUUUCCCAAGAAAUUUAUCUUCUGGUUUAUAUACUUUAUUAAUUGAUGAACAACUUGUUGAUGUAACUUUAACAGCUGAAGGCAAAAUUUUAAGGGCACAUAAGUUGAUAUUAUCAGUUUGUAGUACAUAUUUCAAUAGACUUUUCAAGGAAAAUUCUUGUAAACAUCCAAUUGUAAUACUAAAAGAUGUCAAUUAUCGUGAUUUAUCUGCUAUGCUUCAAUUCAUGUAUCAAGGGGAAGUUAAUAUUAAACAAGAGGAUAUUGGCAAUUUUUUAAAAGUAGCAGAAAUAUUGCAGAUAAAAGGGUUAACCACAGAAAGAAAUGAGAAAAAAGACAGAAUAUUGGAUAAUAAUAUCCAAGAAAUGGAUUGCUACUUUGAUAUAAAAACAGAUAGAGAAAAUCACCUUACUUCCGUAGAAGAUAUUUAUCAGUGUGAGAAAUUAACAAAAUCUUUAAAAUGUAAGAAGGUACAAAGAGAAAAUACAAUUCUUCCUUCAAGUUCUGUAAUAAAGAGUUUCAGUAUUAUGGAAAGAAAUGUAACAAAUGAAAUUCCUUAUCCCAAAAAAUUAGUUUCUCAUACAGAUUAUAGUCCACAAAGAACAUUAUUUAUCGAAACUUAUAAAAAUAUUGAUACUACAAAGGAACCAUUCGAUUGUACCUCUGACAUAAAUCACACAAAAACAAUACAAUACAAAUCCUCAAAUUAUAUGGAUGAUAUGGAUAUAAAAGCAAUGUAUAAAUCACAAAUGUUAAAUGAAGUAUUUUGUAAUAUUGAGAAUGUACAUAAAUCAGAUUCUGAAUCAGAUAUGCAUUUAAAAACUGCUAAUCAAUCUCUUGGUCUGACUAGUAUGGUGAUAGAAGAACGUAAAAACUUGACACAUGAUGCAGCUAAUUGUGGCGGAAAGUAUAGAUAUAUAAAAGGUGAUCCUAAUAGUACAUUAUCCCUGGAAACAACACUGCGUCUAGUUUCAGAAAUUAGACCAACAUUCUAUAUGGAAAAGGGUAAAUUAAUGCGGGUUUAUUCAUGUCCUUGGUGUCUUCGUAAUUUUACACGCAGAGAAAAUCUAAAAUUACAUGUUCGUUAUAUUCAUGGUCCACUUGAAAGUCUUACAUGUAAGCUUUGUGGCAAUAAAUAUAAAAACAGCAACAGCUUGCGUGUACACUCUUACCUUUAUCAUAAUGCUAAACGAGACAAACAUAAUAAAUCACUUGUAAAUAAUAAUAAUUAGAAAUGGACAAGAUUACAAGUAUUUUUGUAUACCACAAUAAUAAUAAUUAUUAAGAUAUUACAAGA